AUGAAGGUCUACUACGAAGUCAUCACAACUCCGACCGCCGACACACCCGGCACGGCCCUCUCCCUGCAUUAUCCCGAUAAGCGAUACUUCUUUGGUCAAUUGUCGGAGGGCACACAGCGCGCAUGCACAGAACGUGGAGUCAAAAUUGCCUCCUUGAGUGAUGUUUUCAUUACAGGAAGAACAGAGUGGGCCAACACCGGCGGCCUGAUUGGUAUCAUUUUGACACUUGCAGAUGCCAUUGCGUCUGGAAAUGCGGCUGCAGAGGAGGAAAACCGUAAGAAGGCCGCCCGGCGAGCGGCUAACCAGUCUCUUCCGAAACACAAGGACGGUGUCGUCUCGGGCCCUGUGGCGGAAGAUCUGACCAUACAGAAAAGUCAUUUGACUCUCCAUGGUACAACAAACUUAACGCACACUUUGGCCACUGCCCGACGAUUUGUGUUCAGAAAAGGAACCCCUGUUUUUACGAAAGAAUACGACACCGAAUCCGUUGCAAAGCAGACCCGUAACGAAGCGGAGGAUCCUUUUGAAAAGCCUACAUGGUCUGACGCAAACAUUAAGGUCUGGGCAUUGCCAAUCAGACCGAAGUCGCCCACUACUUUCGACAUGCCCACUCAGACAAGGCCAAAGAGUCCGCGGAAGCGAAGCUUGGAUGAAUUCCAAGAAUCUGCGGAACCUAAAACUGGGCUCGAUCAGCGCGCUGCUGAUACUAUGGUGCGGCAGUCGGUUGUAACGGAUAUGUUCAACUCCACCUGGAAAAUGGACGCAUUGGUUGAAACCCCAUUAGCCGAGGUCAAAAUGCCUGCUGCGAUGUUUGUGCGCAACCCGGUGACAAAGGACAUGGAGCCCUACAAUGGCCCGAAGCCAGGCGAGGAGUUGCCGUUGCCUGAUAUCAAAGUAUUCGUCAGGCAACCCUGGCCAGGCGCGAAAGUGGAGAGCUUGCCGCCCACUUCCCCUUCAAGCGAUGCACUCUGCUAUAUUGUUCGCAACCAUGAUAUUCGUGGUAAAUUCGAGCCAGCCAAGGCGAUGGAAUUGCGAGUGCCGAAAGGACCGGCUUUUGCUGCUCUGACAAAGGGAGAGAGCGUCCAGUCAGAAGACGGCAAGACAAUCACACCAGAUAUGGUUUUGGGCCCGACCCGCCUGGGCAAGGGUCUUGCCAUCAUGGAUGUGCCUUCCGUUGACUAUGUGGAGUCCUUGGUGAAUCGACCAGAAUGGAAAUCUCCCGCAGUUACUACCGAACUUACAUCUUUUGUCUGGAUAUUGGGCCCAGGCGUUGGUGAUCACCCUAAGAUCCGAGAGUUUGUGGCGAGCAUGCCUCACUGCGAGCACACUGUGUCCAGUACGGACUACUGCCCGAACUACUUGGCUCUUGCAAGCACCGGUGAAGCUGCUGUACGACUGGCCCGGCUGAAGGGCGACAGCUACUCCAUUCCCGUCCACGACAACGUGACUCUUCCACAGAACAGAGCUUUGAUUCCCAAACCGGCUACUAAGCCUGCUGCGCUCCAGGAUUCUUCAUUCAAGCGCCUUGAUCCAGGCCUUAUUAUCGAUAUGGAGCCACAAUUCAAACUGAACAAGGAUGAGGUUAUUCCUCAUUUGAACACAGCCAAGACAAUUUUCCAGAUUCCCAAGGCCGUCGAGCAGCGGAUGUCAGUUAUUCGCAAUCGUGUUGCGAAACCCAAAUUUCAGCAACAUCUAGAAUCCAUUCGAAAGGAUCUCCCUGGUGGAGAUGCUGAAAUUACUGCCCUUGGCACGGGUUCAUCUGCUCCUUCAAAGUAUCGCAAUGUCUCUGCAACCUUGGUGUAUGCUCCCAGCUCUGGGUACUACCUCCUGGACUGCGGCGAGAACACUCUGGGUCAACUAGAACGAGUGUUCGAGCCCGAGAAGCUGCGAGAGAUUUUCCAAAAUCUUCGCAUGAUCUGGAUCAGUCACUUGCAUGCUGAUCACCAUUUGGGCACUGCCUCCGUCAUCAAGGCAUGGUACCAUGUGAAUUAUGGGCCUGAUGCUAAACCAGCAGCCUACCCUGAAACCGACCUUACAAAAAUCCUGCAAGAAAAGCGCCUGUGCUUGGCUUCCGACGAAAUGAUGAUUACCUGGCUGGAGGAGUAUGCUUCAGUCGAGAAUUUCGGCUUCGAUAAAGUGCUUCCUCUCAGUGCGCACCCCGAAGCUUCCCAAAACUCCAUUGCCACUAAGUUUACAUACCGGCAUACUCAGAACGGCGGGCCACCAUUCGGUCGGGAUGCGCCAGGCAAGACGAUCCUCGAUUUCAAUGAUGAAUCGUCGCCUUUUACACCCCUUCUCAAGUCCUCCACCGGUCUUACUGACCUUCUAACUACUCACGUAAAGCAUUGCCGUGGCGCCCUUGCCAUGUCUCUUGUAUUCCCCGACGGUUUCAAGGUCUCUUACUCUGGUGACUGCAGACCGUCAGACAAGUUUGCUUCUAUUGGUCGUGAUUCCACCGUUCUCAUUCACGAGGCUACCUUCCAGGACGACAUGGUGGGAUCUGCUCUCGCGAAACGCCAUUCCACUGCGGGCGAGGCAAUUGAGGUUGGCCGCCGCAUGGGAGCUCGUUCCAUUCUCCUCACGCAUUUCAGCCAACGGUACCAAAAGAUUGCCCACGUGGACCAAAAGGCUGGCACUAUGGCCCACGACGACAUCUCGUCGACCAAGCAAGCUGCGGCCGCUGCGAAGAAGAAGUUAAAUAGUAGUGCCGAUAUUCCAUUCGAUGAUCCAGAAGAUGAACCGGCUACUCACGAGUUUGGUGCCAGACUCCUUGAUGACAUCCGAUUCCCUUCCAAAUCACGGCCUCCUCUCCCUCGCAGCGAGACUCAAAUUCCCCGUGAGAACACUCCUGUUGCUGCAGCUAUGGACUAUAUGCGCAUUAAGGUUCGGGAUCUUGCUCUCGCGCAGGCCUAUGCCCCAGCUCUGGAAAAACUCAUCGAGGUUAUGGAGCGUCACUCUGCUGAAAAGUCUGCUUUCUUGAAGCAAAAGGCGCAAGAGAUGGAGGAGGCUCGCAAAGCUAAAAACAAGAAGAAGUUCGGCGGCAAUAAGAAGGCUGCUGCUGGUGCUGCCGCUGUGGUCGCUGCUACUGCUGUUGUCGAUGAGCCCGAAGAGCAGAAGAAGCCCGCACACUCCCUUUUCAGUGCUAGUGAAAGCGAAAGCGGGUGGGAGACCAGUGACUUUGAGGAAUGA